AAGCACUUUCAUUGUAUUAUCCCAUCUCCUACCAUCAUAAUGAGCAGACCAAGUUCUACAAGUAGUCUGCCUUCCUACGCUUCAAUACUGAGCAACCGCCGCAGCUCUCCAGGCGUUUCAAACUUCAUUAGCUCCCGCUCCCGCCCCUCCUUCAAAAACCACAACGCGUCCCGCCAGCCGCCCACUUCACCUCCUCCCCCUCCUCUCGCCCAUUCAGGGCCGCCAGCGGCCUCCACCCAGGUGACGGCCGCCGAGCUCGCUGUAACAGAAGAAUAUUACGAAGCGGAAUCAGACUCCCGAUCAAACACCCCGCGCCCUGUACGGUCCACAGACUUUCGCCAGAUCUUGGAGGGUGCCGAGUACGAUGUUUUCGAAGAGGACACUCCUAGUUUCGACGAGAGUACUAUAAAGUACGAGGAUGAUAACAGAAUCUCGCUGGUUAGUGACUCGCCGACCCCCUGGAGGGGCGGUGAUGAACGGUCGAGGUCAAACUCGGGAAAGAGUGGGAAGGAGAAGGUGGUCAAUACUGAAUUGAGGCUUUGGGAGAAUGCUAGUGGGGAUGAGUAUUAUGAAGAUGGAGAUGAGGAGGGUGGGUUUGAUGAUGCUGGAGAGUACGUUGACGAUUCUCAGGGUGGCGAUGGGGAUGGAAGACUCCGGGAUGAGGAGGCGGAGGUGGAUGGUUUGGGGGGCAUUUGGGAGAGUGGAAGCCCAACCAUUUCUUCUAGAGGGUGGUUGGGGCAAGGAAGUCGCGAGAAAGAGGGGAGGGGGGCUGUAUUGUCGUAUAGGAACGGCAGGCCUGAAAGUAGGGAGAGUGUGUUAGGAAAGGAUGAGGAGGAUCACUUGCACAGUUAUAAGCCGCAGAGAAGGGAGCCAGCUUCCGAGCGGCAAGCCAAAGUAGUUGAGGUAUUUUGUUUUCUCUGGGGGUAGUAUGUGGGGGAUAUAUGGACUGAUUAUUUGACAGCAAAACAAGAGACCUAGUCAAGAUCGGAACACAGAUUUUGCCCCACUAGUACGGUUUCCUCCUUUCGCUACUAACAUACCACGUCUAAUCAAUCCUCUAGAUUCCCGACUCGGAGCUUGCGGCAAUAACUUCAUACCAAGGCCUCAUCUCGGCCCUCUCUUCCCUCCGCUCGGCCUCUUACGCCUCAAUCCCCCAAACCCAGCUACCCACCGAGAUUACUGAGCUGGCAAACUCCUACUAUCCCCACGACACGUCCAAGCCAUCCAACUUCUUCAGGGGGCUCGACGAUAAACAGCACGCUGCCGCAGGGGACUUCAUCCUCAGCAAGAAGCGUGAAAUAGAAACGCUGCUUGCAGAUUGCGUCACCAAACGAAGAGCCACGGUCGAAGGAAUGAAAGGGGAGGUUGAGAAAGUUGCAGAAGUGCGGGUUAAGAAGUUAAGGAUGACCGAGGAGCGGAGGGAAGUUUUAAGGGGCGGGAUCGGGAAGGUGUUGAGGGAGAGUGGAUUGAUUUUGUGACUUGAUCUUUCAUAUGUCAACGGCGUUUGGUUUAUUGUGGGAGAGAUGGGGCAGUUGGCAUGCUUUUGUUGGUCGGUUGGUAUUGGGAUGGAAAAGACAAUUCUUUGCUCAUUUGAUGUAAUCUAUACCAAGGGCUGCUGUUUACUACUUUAAUUACUGGUACUCGAAACCGAUUUAAUGAAUGAAGGAAGAUUCAAGAGAAGUGGUGAUUUGGAUCUACCGGCAUUCGAUUAAUGGGUGAUGGGCACUGGAUGCCAGAUCUUAGAUACUCACUGUCGAGUGACGCAUGGUGAAACCCUAGGGGUCUUGUUUUUUGUUUUUUUUUUCUAUGGCAAAUUUAACGGGGAUAAAGUUGAUUAUAUCAUA